CCGCACGCCGUGCUGCCGGGCGUCUGGGAUUCGGGUAUUGCGGCGUGUAGGUGCGUGGGGACCCGGCACCCCGGCUGCGAUCGCUGUCUGUCGCCGAAGCCAUGCAGGUUUCCAGCCUUAACGAGGUCAAGAUUUACAGCCUGAGUUGCGGCAAGUCUCUGCCGGAGUGGCUUUCCGACAGGAAGAAGAGAGCGCUGCAGAAGAAGGAUGUUGAUGUCCGUAGGAGAAUCGAACUUAUUCAGGAUUUUGAAAUGCCUACUGUGUGUACCACUAUUAAGGUGUCAAAAGAUGGACAGUAUAUUUUAGCAACGGGAACAUACAAACCUCGGGUUCGAUGCUAUGACACCUACCAGUUAUCCUUGAAGUUUGAAAGGUGUUUGGACUCAGAGGUUGUCACCUUUGAGAUUUUGUCUGAUGACUAUUCAAAGAUUGUCUUCUUACACAAUGAUAGAUACAUUGAGUUCCACUCACAGUCAGGUUUUUACUACAAAACCAGAAUACCCAAGUUCGGGAGGGAUUUCUCCUACCACUACCCGUCAUGCGACCUGUACUUUGUGGGCGCGAGCUCUGAAGUUUAUAGAUUGAAUUUAGAGCAAGGCCGGUACUUGAAUCCACUGCAAACAGACGCUGCGGAGAAUAACGUUUGCGACAUAAACACUGUGCAUGGCCUGUUUGCCACAGGAACCAUUGAGGGCCGAGUGGAGUGCUGGGACCCCAGGACGCGAAGGAGAGUGGGUGUGUUGGACUGCGCGCUCAGCAGCGUCACGGCGGACUCCGAGGUAAGCACUUUGCCAACCAUCUCUGCUUUGAAAUUUCACGGGGCAUUGAAUAUGGCCGUUGGAACAUCCACGGGGCAGGUUCUGUUGUAUGACCUUCGGUCUGACAAGCCGUUGCUCGUCAAGGACCACCAGUACGGACUGCCCAUCAAGUCGGUGCACUUCCAGGAGUCAAUGGAUUUGAUUUUGUCUGCCGACUCUCGGAUUAUCAAAAUGUGGAACAAGAAUACAGGGAAAAUAUUUACUUCCUUGGAGCCAGAGCACGACCUCAACGACGUGUGCCUGUAUCCCAGUUCAGGAAUGCUGCUGACUGCCAAUGAAGCCCCCAAGAUGGGCAUCUAUUACAUUCCGGUCCUGGGUCCUGCCCCCCGCUGGUGCUCCUUCUUGGACAACCUGACCGAAGAGUUAGAAGAGAACCCGGAAAGCACCGUGUACGAUGAUUACAAAUUUGUAACCAAGAAAGACCUGGAAAAUUUAGGGCUCACACAUCUCAUCGGAUCACCGUUCCUCCGGGCAUAUAUGCAUGGAUUUUUCAUGGAUAUAAGACUCUAUCACAAGGUAAAAUCGAUGGUAAAUCCAUUUGCUUAUGAAGAAUACAGGAAAGACAGAAUUCGGCAGAAGAUAGAAGAAACGCGUGCACAGAGAGUCCAGUUAAAGAAACUGCCGAAAGUUAACAAAGAGCUGGCACUUAAGUUGAUUGAAGAAGAGGAGGAGAAGCAAAAGUCUACAUGGAAAAAGAAAAUUAAGAGCCUUCCUAAUAUCCUCACUGAUGACCGGUUUAAAGUGAUGUUUGAGAACCCUGACUUCCAAGUAGAUGAGGAGAGCGAAGAAUUCAGGCUUUUGAAUCCACUUGUUUCAAAAAUUAGUGAGAAGAGGAGGAAAAAGCUGAGACUUCUAGAGCAACAAGAACUUCGUGAAAAAGAAGAGGAGGAAGAACUGGAAGGAAAGGCAAGUGAUGCAGAAAGUUCGGAGAGUUCCGAUGAUGAAAAAGCCUGGGUGGACGAGGUCAGGAAGCAGCGCAGACUGCUGCAGCAGGAGGAAAGAGCGAAGCGGCAGGAGCGGCUCAAGGAGGACCAGCAGACAGUCCUGCAGCCCCAGUUUUACGAGAUCAAAGCUGGAGAGGAGUUCCGAAGCUUCAAAGAUUCUGCCACAAAGCAGAAGCUGAUGAAUAAAACCCUUGAAGAUCGUUUGAAACUUGAAGCGAAAAAUGGGACGUUGAGUGUAUCAGACACAACUGUUGGCAGCAAGCAGUUGACAUUCACGUUAAAGAGGUCUGAACAGCAGAAGAAGCAGCAGGAGGCUGAGAAACUGCACCGACAGGAGAGGAAAAAACUCCGGCGGUCAGCUGGCCACCUGAGGUCACGCCACCGGAGAGGCCGGCCCUUCCACUGAGCAGAGAGUGACCUGCGGAAAGCAGGGGAGACUGCGUCCCCCGCCGAGUCAUCGUGUCUCAGGACAGCGGAACCCACACUUAACGCUCCACCUGGCGCUUGUGGGUGAAGGCAGGAUUCGUGACCUGGGUGCCGCAGCUGCCCGUUGCACAGUGCCAGGGCUGCUCAGGGUCCUGUGGUCCCCGUAAACAUGAUGCUUUGCCCGGGCUUACUUAGAAUAGGUGCUGAAGUG